GAGUUUCAAAAUAAAAUGGAUGAUUUGACGUUACUUGAUCUUCUGGAGUGUCCAGUGUGCUUUGAAAAGCUUGAUGUCACGGCCAAAGUCCUCCCUUGCCAGCACACCUUCUGCAAACCAUGUCUACAGAGGAUUUUCAAGGCCCACAAGGAACUGAGGUGCCCCGAAUGCAGAACCCUGGUGUUUUGCAGCAUCGAGGCGCUGCCAGCCAACCUGCUGCUGGUGCGUCUCCUGGAUGGCGUGCGCUCAGGCCGGAGCUCUGGCCGAGGGGGCUCCUUCCGCAGGCCCGGCACGCUGACUUUGCAGGACGGCAGGAAAAGCAGGACCAGUCCCAGAAGUCUGCAGGGCAGCCCUUUCAGGCUGGUGCCCAAUAUCAGAAUCCACAUGGAUGGGGUGCCUCGAGCAAAGGCCUUAUGCAACUACAGAGGGCAGAGUCCUGGCGACCUGAGGUUUAAUAAAGGAGACGUCAUCCUCCUCCGGAGACAGCUUGAUGAGAACUGGUACCAAGGGGAGAUCAAUGGAGUCAGUGGGGUCUUCCCAGCCAGCUCCGUGGAAGUCAUCAAGCAGCUGCCUCAGCCACCCCCCCUCUGCAGGGCCCUCUACAACUUUGACCUGCGAGACAAGGACAAGAGUGAGAACCAGGAUUGCCUGACCUUCCUUAAGGAUGACAUCAUCACUGUGCUCAGCCGAGUGGAUGAGAACUGGGCAGAAGGCAAGUUGGGAGAUAAAGUGGGCAUCUUCCCUAUCUUGUUUGUAGAGCCAAACCUCACUGCAAGACACCUCUUGGAGAAGAACAAAGGCCGGCAGUCAUCCCACUCAAAAAGCCUGUCCUUGGUGCCCUCACCCUCCAGAGGCAAAGCAACCAAUAUACCCACCCUCCGUAGGGGCCCAGGGUCCAGGAGGAAGGCGCCCGGGCAGUUCUCCAUCACAACGGCUCUGAACACUCUCAACCGGAUGGUCCAUUCUCCUUCAGGGCGCCAGAUGGUAGAAAUCAGCACCCCAGUGCUUAUCAGCUCCAGCAACCCCUCUGUGAUCACCCAGCACAUGGAGAAAGCAGACAUCCCUCCCAGUUCUGCAGGGCAGGUCAGCACAUACCACUCUGCACCUGCCUCCCCAGGACAUCCCAUGGCCAUGGUCAGUCUGCCCAGCUCACAGCAACACCUGUCAGCUAACAUGUUUGUAGCCCUGCACUCCUACUCAGCCCAUGGACCUGACGAGCUGGACCUACAGAAGGGAGAAGGCAUCAGGGUCCUGGGGAAGUACCAGGAUGGCUGGCUCAGGGGCGUCUCCUUGGUCACUGGGCGAGUCGGCAUCUUCCCAAACAACUAUGUCAUCCCCAUUUUCAGAAAGGCCUCUAGUUUUCCAGAUUCCCGGAACCCUGGUCUCUACACCACAUGGACGUUAUCCACCUCCUCUGUGUCCUCCCAAGGCAGUGUUUCAGAAGGUGAUCCCCGACAAAGCCGUCCCUUCAAAUCCGUCUUUGUGCCCACCGCUAUUGUCAACCCCGUGAGGAGCACACCCAGCCCAGCGACUUUAGGACAAGGGUCUCUUCGGAAAGGGCGGAGCAGCAUGAGAAAGAGUAAGUGGUGGCAGAGAGAUGGAUCCCUGCAGAGACCCGUCCAGUCAGGGAUCCCCACCCUUGUGGUGGGCUCCCUCAGACGCAGCCCCACCAUGGUCGUACGGCCUCAACAGUUCCAAAUUUGCCAGCCGCAGGGGAUCCUGUCCUCCCCCUUACCAGUGGUGGUGGAGAUGGGCCCCAAGCCUGCGCCCACGGGGGAGCCUGCCCUCACAUGCAUCAGCAAAGGCAGUGACACCAGGAUCCACUCAGCUGCCAGUUCCCUCAUCAUGGAAGGCAAGGAAAUGCCCAUCAAGAGUGAGCCUCUGCCCAAACCACCUGCAUCUGCUCCACCAUCAAUCCUGGUGAAACCAGAAAACUCAAGAAAUGGCAUCGAAAAGCAAGUCAAAACCGUGAGAUUCCAGAAUUACAGCCCUCCUCCCGCCAAACAUUACACUUCCCAUCCUGCCUCUGGAAAGCCUGAACAGCCAGUCAUUCCUAAGGGGUCCCAACCCGAAGCAGCCCCCUCGGGCCCAGAGAUGACCAUCCUAUUCGCCCACAGAAGCGGCUGCCACUCUGGUCAGCAGACAGACCUCCGGAGAAAGUCAGCUUUUGGCAAGGCCGCAACCCCAGUGUCUACUGCCUCAGCCACACAGACCGUGUUUCCCAGCAAAUGAAUCUACGGGUGGCUUUUCCUAGACCCCAAAGAGGUGAAUUGCAUUUAAAUACAGUCUGCCUCCACUAAGGGCAUCCUGCCAUUCUUUGAGGACUCAAGCAUGAGUCCUUGUUCGGCCCUUUCUAUAUCCAGGAAAAAAAGGGAGUGGGGGACAGGACUUCCUGUUUGGUGGGAAGACAGAUUGGGUGGCCUUCCAAACAUAUCGGUUUGAUGCAGCAAAGCCCACAACUCAGACCAAGGAGUAGGAGAUUGGUAUGCUCACUUUUGUUCCCCAGGAUGGAGUGUGGUGUCUUAUCCCCUGUGUUUUGUGUAGAAUUUCUAUGUUCUCCUAAAAGGGCCUUCAGGAGGGGUGUGACAAUGGUUGGAUUGCUGGCAUCACUUCUUCCACCUUAUCUCCAUCCUCUCAAAGCGCUAGAACAGCUUCUACCAUCUCUGGGGACCUGCACAGAUCUUUCUCCCUCUGUAGAGUCAUAAUCCUGGCUGUAAAUGGAGAAUUUCUGGGAGGGGUAUGAUAUGGAUACUUUGAAUAUUCCGAGAACCCGUUAAAAAUGAAGUGAGUCAGUUCCUGAGCUGGCACCAAACAGAAAAGAGAAAAGCUGACUACCAAAUAUCAAAAGAUUAUCCUCCUUUAAACUUCUGUCCUUUUGUCCCACUUAGAAUCCUACAGGAUAGAUAAGCAGGAAGCAUGUAGUUACAAACAAGGCCAUGUAUGGGUAUAACAGACAGAACCCUUGGUAGCUUGAUCUCCCCCAAGCAAACAUUACUUGCUUAAAAACAACCUUGUUACGGGCUUGCGUUUAGCAAUACCCUGUUUGCAUUGCAACCGUUUUUACUUUCCCUGGUUUCUUUCCACUUGGAGCAGAGUAGUUGUUUCAUCCAUAAGGCAUCGAUGUCGGUGAGAAUGUGCCCGUCCAAGGCUAGGCAAGAUACUUGCUAGAGGAAAAGUCUUAUGAAAGGGGCCGGGCAAAGAUAGAAGAGGAAAGGGAGGGAGGGGGAGAAAGAAUGAGGAUGAAGAGAGAAGGUGGGGAAUGAAAAUUAGUGAAAUAGAGAACUGAAAGUAUCAGGAAAGAAGAUAAAAGAAGGGUGGGAGUGGUCAAGCUUGCCACUACUGACAGGUGAGGAAGAAGGACAGAGUCUACAAGGAGAAAGGGUCAAAACUAGGUGACCCCAUUACAAUGAGAAUAAAGCGAGUAGGAACAGCCAGGAAGAAUCUUGUAAACGGAGGUGAGCAGGCAUCCCAGGGAGCCAAGGCAAUGCAGUAAGACAACUCAUUCAUUCUCAUUAAACUUAAUUGUUGUGAUUUAACAUUUAUUGCAAGCCCAUCAGUGUGGGCUCUUUAAUGCAUAAGUGUCAUUUGCUACUAAGGCUGAGUGCCAUUUAAAAAAAAAAAAAAAUGCAGGUCUAAUUAGACCUUCCCCCUAAACAGUUCUUGAAGGUCCUGGGAUUCAAAACAUGUGUCUUCUGUAUACCAACCCACACACUUGGCGAACGAUAUUGUGCAGACUUUUUCAGACCUUAAUAAAACAGAAGAAAGUCA